AUGGACACUGACCAUCCACAGAAGGGAGCUUGGCGGCCGAGAAAGAAGCUGCCUCACACCACCAUGCACAGGCUCCUGAACUGGGGGCUGCCAGGCCCCUGUGGCCGGUUCCUGUGGCGUCAGCCUGGCGAGUUCCCUGUGACCACCUUCCUGCUGGGGGCAGGCACCGGGGGGCUCCUGGCUGUAGGCCUCUUCCAGCUCUUGGUGAACCCUGUGAACAUUUACGAGGAGGAGAAGAUGGUAAUACUGUACAGCAUGGUAGGCUUGGGGGCCGUGGGCUGGGGUACCUCCCCUCACAUCCGCUGUGCCAGUAUGCUGCUCGUUCCUAAGAUGCUGGGCAAAGAGGGCAGACUUUUUGUCCUAGGGUACGCCCUGGCUGCCAUCUACGAGGGUCCAGUAGCCAACCUGCGGCACAACCUCAAUGAAGUGGUGGCGUCGCUGGGCUGCACCGUGGAGCUGCAGAUCAACAACACACGCUUGGCCUGGCGCACGUCCACCGCCCCGCUGCGGGCCGUGUUCAAGGACCUGUUGAGCAGCAAAAAGGCCCUGAGAGCAGAGACUCGCAACAUCUCCACUUCCUUUGAAGAACUGGAUGCCCAGGUGCGCGGCGAGGAUGGCUACACAGCUGAGGAGGCCACGGGCGCCGAGAAGGAGGCCUCAGCCCCAUUCGUAAGGGCCCGACUCCCUGUCUCCCGACUCCGCCUCUCGACCCAGCAGAUGUACGAGAUGAAAACCAAGCUGCGCUGCUACAACAUAGUGAACAAGGCCAUCCUCAGCUGCCACAGCUGGUUCACCCAGAAAUACCAACAGUGCCUGCAGCGCAUCCAAGUCCCACUCCUCAACCACCUGCUCUGCCUGCCCAUGAAGUUCAAGUUCUUCUGUAACAUUGCCAAGGUGAUGGGGGUUUGGUGCCGCAGCCGCAUCCCAGUGGAAGGGAACUUUGGGCAGACCUACGACUCCCUCAACCAGUCUGUGCGAGGCCUGGACCGGGAAUUUUCAGCGGACAUUGACAUCAAGGAAGAGAAGCAGAGCGGGCUGCUGGGCCUCAACAUGAGUUGGCAGCACGUGAGCACUGAGGUGCGGGACUACGUGGAGCGCCAGGAGGCCCAGCUGGAGUGGGCCCUGAGCCUGCUGCACACGCUGCUGUCCUGCGCCUUCCUGCUGGUCCUGCACGCAUCCUUCUCCUACAUGGACAGCUAUAACCACGACAUCCGCUUCGACAACGUCUACAUCAGCACCUACUUCUGUCAGAUCGACGAACGCAGGAAGAAGCUGGGCAAACGAACUCUAUUGCCGCUCCGUAAAGCCGAGGAAAAAACCGUCAUUUUUCCGUGCAGGCCCACCAUCCAGGGCUCUGAGAUGGCCAACGUGCUGAGAGAGCUCCUAGAGACACUGCCGGUCCUGCUCCUUCUGCUCCUGCUCUUCGGGCUGGACUGGGCCCUCUACUCCAUCUUCGACACCAUCCGCCAACACUCCUUCCUGCAGUACUCCUUCCACAGCAGCCAUAAACUGGAGGUGAAGGUUGGGGGAGACUCCAUGCUCGCCCGGCUGCUUCGGAAAACCAUUGGGGCCCUGAACACCUCCUCGGAGAUGAGGAUGGAAUCCAACAACAUGCCCUGUCUGCCCCAGCCCGUGUGCCUGGACGCCAGGGCCUACUGGAGAGCUGUGCUUCCCACGGGCCUGCUAGCGUGCCUCUGCCUGGCCCAGGCCUUUGCCUACCGACUCCGGAGGGUCAUCGCGGCCUUCUACUUUCCAAAGCGGGAGAAGAAACGGGUCCUGUUCUUCUACAACGAGCUAUUGAGGAAGAGAGCGGCUUUCACCAAGCUCAGGCGAGCUGCCAUCCUGAGGAGGGCGCGACAGCAGAGGGCUCCGCGCCACCACGCGGUGGACGUCCUGCACCGCCGCUGCCCGCUCGUGCGCCGCUGGCUGCGCCGGCGCUGCGUGGUGUGCCAGGCGCCCGAGACGCCCGAGUCCUUCGUGUGCCCGACGCGGGACUGCGGGACCGUGUACUGCCGGACGUGCUGGGACGACAUGCGGCAGCGCUGCCCCGUCUGCACGCCCCCGGAGGAGCUCUCCUCCUCCGCCUACAGCGACAGCAACGACGACACCGCCUACGCCGACUGA